CAAACCAGGAUUGUACCCAGCCACAAUGAACUGCGUCUCAGACAGACGUAAGACGUAACUUCUACCACCCAGCCGUUGUCCAGUCACCGACUACUGUCUCCCGGACGGAAAGUCUACGGCUAAUAUGUGGUUAAAACUCCUCUUUCUGAGCUGCGUGGUGGCAGCAUUCAACGUUAGGACAAAUGCCGAACAAGCAGCCCUGUCGGACGGUGUGCUAGGACAACUGGACGGAGAGGACGAAAAGCAACUCAAGAAUAGGGGGUUGAAAGGUUUGGAAACAUCAGCAGUCCUGUCGGACGGACAAGAGGACGCAGUGGAUGAUAAUCACGUAAAGGAGAAGACUUUUCAUUCACCUCAGAGUGAACAUCUAACGUUGCAAGCGGUCCAAUGUCCGGCUCGGGCGGCCCCAGGUAACGGGGCGGUGAGUGCUACCGGUCCGAUCUCCUACCCGAACUCGGUCACCUUCACCUGUUACACGGGAUACACACUGAUCGGCGUUGCUACUCCGACGUGCCAAACUGACGGAACGUGGAGUCAUCCUGUUCCAACAUGCCAAGCACUAGCAGUCCUGUCGGACGGACAAGAGGACGCAGUGGAUGAUAAUCACGUAAAGGAGAAGACUUUUCAUUCACCUCAGAGUGAACAUCUAACGUUGCAAGCAUCAGUAGUCCUGUCGGACGGACAAGAGGACGCAGUGGAUGAUAAUCACGUAAAGGAGAAGACUUUUCAUUCACCUCAGAGUGAACAUCCAACGUUGCAAGCACUAGCAGUCCUGUCGGACGGACAAGAGGACGCAGUGGAUGAUAAUCACGUAAAGCAGAAGACUUUUCAUUUACCUCAGAGUGAACAUCCAACAGAGGUUAAUUUGCUCGAGGUUGAUAUAGAUGGCAGUUGGUCCAGCUGGAGUACAUGGACUGACUGCAUCGCUAGCGGACCUACUGGGUUCACGUCGCGAACUCGGCACAGAACCUGCACCAACCCUGCACCAACGAACGGUGGGGCAAAGUGCAAAGGGCCUGCUCAGGAUAUUGAUCGACAUUGCUAUGUUAGUUUAGAACAAAGAUUUCCCCAGUUGGACGAGGGGAUCACGCCGCAUCAGUAUGCUCAGGAAAAAAAGGUGUCACCAGAACAUGAUACUAUAGAACAGCAAUGGUCUCGUUGUCCUAGCCCAGUCAUUCAAGGCUAG